AUGUCUAAAAGUAAUAUUACAGCAAUAUAUUUUUUGGGAUUCAACAACAUGGGUAUAGGUAACCUUCUGUUCGCCUUAAUCCUUUUGAUAUACUGCGUGACAAUAUGUGGAAAUGUCUUAAUCAUCACACUGGUGUCCUACAGCAAGAUUCUCCAUUCUCCCAUGUACUUCUUCCUCUUCCAGCUGUCUCUAUCUGACAUUUUAUUGAUUACCGAUAUUGCCCCUAACAUGCUUAAAAUUGUUCUACGUGAGCAAGCGUUCAUAUCUUUUCCUGGCUGCAUCACGCAGCUUUAUUUUUUUGUUUUAGCAGAGACAUUUGAAUGUUUUAUUCUGACAGUGAUGUCCUAUGAUCGCUAUCUAGCUAUCUGUUAUCCCUUGCGUUAUGUCUCCAUUAUGAACCAGGGGCUUUGCGUUACAUUUGUAUGUGCAUCUUGGCUAUUAAGCUGUUCUCUAACAUCUUAUAUAAUACAUGGUGUGUGCUCAUUAGAAUUAUGUGGGCCAAAUACUAUUGACCAUUUCUUCUGUGAUUUUUAUCCUCUGCUAGCACUUUCUUGUUCAGACACAUCCAUCGUCCAGUUGGAAUCCACCUUGCUUUGUACUGCUGUCAUAGUCUUGCCGUUCCUCUUGAUAGUGCUUUCAUAUACCUACAUUGUUUCAACCAUACUAAAGAUAUCCUCUGUUUCAGGAAGACAGAAAUCCUUUUCUACUUGCAGUUCCCAUCUGAUGGUUGUGUCCAUAUUUUAUGGGACCCUCAUCGCCAUGUAUGUGCUUCCAAAUAAAGGGCAGUCACAGAUGAUCAGUAAGAUUCUGGCUUUGUUUUACACUGUGUUUACUCCCUUUUUAAACCCCUUUAUAUACAGUUUGAAGAAUCGGGACAUAAAAAAAGCUUUGAUGUAUAUAACGCAUACUAACAAAGCCUAG